AUGCCGGAUUUCAUCAAACUUGCCAUCUACGGGGCCUUCGCGCCAGAUAAUUACGACCCGGAUGCCUACUACGUCGACAAGGAAGACAAGAAAGGCAAGAAGAAUAAGGACAAAGACGCCAAGGACAAAGACGCCAUAGACAACGACGACCGCUCGUCUCUCAGGAGCUUCGAGACCUCAGAAUCCACAAUCGUUGAGGAGAAGGACGGCAAAACUACCACACUGCAUCAAGAGAAAGAAAAGACGGAUUCCUCGAAAUCUCCGGAGAUCUCUGAGGGCUCCUCCCAGUCAAAGUCAAAGUCAAAGUCCAAGCGGAGGAGGAGGGUGAAGCUUCACGACAACGGACCGUCCGGCCCCAAAGCCAUCUUCACUAGCAUGUUUGCAAGCCAGGGCUACGCGGAUGGUCUAGCCAGCCUUAAGUGGUAA